AUGCAGGCCAACCAUGGCCAGCCGGAUCAGUGGAAAUGCCGGAGAUCCUUCCUAGAGCUUAUUGACCACUGUCUUAGAGACAAGGAUCUACUUUCACGGAUUGAUGCGAAGAGCCUUACUGAAAGCCUUUUGCAACUUGCGCUUAAGUCAGAAACUCAAGGACAAACACCAAGUUACGUGCCGCAGUGCGUUAUUCUUGAAGGCUUCACUGUUGUCGAUCUGACUGGGAUCAGCGGUGAAUACCUUGUUGAACCUGACCGAUACAAUACUAAAGAUACUACCGGAAGAGAAGGUCUUAAGGUCUUAAUAGAUACACUGUCGCAGAUCACUGUUGAUGCAGGCAUGAAGCAGCUUCUCCAAGGAGUUAUUCUUGUUCUUACAGCGUCUGGUAUAGACGAGGCCCUCGUUCACCUAAAUCACAAGUACAAACUGCAAGAGCUUACUCAGCGGUAUAAAUAUUUAGAAAAUGGCUCUACUGAUACUGAUGCCGAUCCACCGUGCCCUGAGAAGAAGACCUGCAUUGAACAGGCACUGUUAACGGAAUCAGACAUUCGCUUACAGCUAACCAUGGCAAGGUUCCACUUUUGUCGUCAGCAGUUAAAUUUUUACAGGACGUUAUGCAGCACAAACUCUGGCGAAAGACAGUUGCAAGCCUUGUUUGAAGCCCUUAUGAAGUUGCGUGAUAGUAAUCAACUAUUUGCACUGUCGACAUAUUGCUAUGAACAUGGUAUCCACCUUCGCUAUUCAGAGCUUUCUCUGGACACACCUCUUCCACGGGAAAAAACCCCAUUACUGAAAGCUGUCGAAGACGACUCCAAAGAGGAUGUUAUUAAGCACAUCGGUUGUGCUCGUUGCGCAUGCCGCGACAUCAUUUGCUUAACACUAAAUUUGAAGACCUCUUAUUUUGCCAAACAUGUUACUGCACUUAUGCUUGCUGCGUGGAAAGGAAAUAUCUUGAUUGCAGGACACCUACUGACAGAGCUAGGCAUGCAAACCGAAGAUGGAAGGACUGCUCUCAUGCUCGCUGCAUGGAAGGGCAACUAUGAAGUAAUGAAGCUUCUGCUGCCAGAAGCCGGAAUAGUAGAUAGAAAAGGAAAGACUGCGCUAAUGUAUGCAGCUAGCAGAGGGCACUUACUGUGCGUUGAGCUGCUCCUUAAGACAGAAGCCGGAAGACAGCGCUGGUGGGACGGGUCCACAGCCCUGAUCUAUGCGGCGAAGAACAACUGGCCUAAUGUAAUAGAUUCCCUAGUUCCCAUGGAAGCCAAACUCCAAACAGGUGAUGGGGUAACUGCUCUCAUGAUUGCUGCGCAGAAUGACUACCUAGAAGUCAUUGAUAAGCUAUCGAGAUUCGAGGCGUGUAUGCAAGACGAUUAUGGCAACACAGCCCUUAUGGAAGCCGCGAUCCGCGGCCAUCUUAACGCUUGCAAGUUACUCCUCCCCUUUGAGAAGCAAAUGCAGAAUACCAUAGAUGAGACGUCUCUUAUUUUGGCUGUCCAACAUAAUCAUGUAGAUUGCGUUAAGCUACUCAUAAACGAAGAGACAGGUUUCCAGGACAUAGACGGUCAUUCUGCCCUUAUGUGGGCUGCAAAGUAUGGAAAUAGCGAACUUAUUACACUGUUGAAGCCUAAGGAAAGCACUCUAAAGGACGCAUUUGGCCGCACAGCCCUGUACUAUGCAGAGCACCCCUAUUGGCGUGUUAGCAAGUACAACAAGGAUAUUUGCAUAGCGUUACUAAGAAAUUAA